AUGCCUAGCCUCUACGAGAGCCCGCUCUACAGAGCCACCGCCGCGGAGUUCGUGGGCAGCGGCCUCUUCCUCUUCACCGUCAUCACCACCGCCGUCAACUAUCCGGCCGCGCAGGCUUUAGGCGGCGCGAACCUGCUAGCUCCGAUCGGAGUGGCCACCGUGUUCGGCGUCACCAUCAGCACCCUCGCAUACACGUUCGGAGACGUGAGCGGAGCGCACUUGAAUCCGGCGGUGACCCUGGGCUUCCUCGUCCGAAAGAGCAUCGAGCCGACCCGAGCAGCUCUGUACGUCACCGCUCAGCUUC